UGCCGAUCAUGCGACAACAGAUUCCCCACAGGUUCCUGCACAUGUAAACCCCAUUCACCCACCUCUUUAAACACCAGAGAACUGCGAGUCUCGACGUUUUACCGACUGAAAUUCCAAAAUGGACCAAAAACUAUCGGUAGCCUUUGUCUGCUUUGGAAAUAUAUGCCGUUCACCAAUGGCUGAGGCCAUUUUUAGAAAGAAGGUCGAAGACUUAGGCUUGUCGCACCACUUUGACUGUAUUGAUUCUUUUGCCGUGUCGGGCCUCAACAAAGGCAAGGAUCCCGACGCGCGAACGGUACACGUGUGUGAAAGCCGGGGCGUUCCCAUCAGCCACAAGGCCAAGCAACUCUCGAUUUCGGACCACAACAAGUUCAACUACAUUUUUGGAAUGGAUGAGAACAACGUGAACCGCCUCUCGGCGUACAAUCCGCGCAAAGCCAAGGCGCGUGUAGGUCUCUUUGGUGAGUGGAACGCCAAGCCCGCAGAGUUCGAAACAGUGGUGGAUGAUCCAUUCCGGUCGGAGGGUUUGAGCGAGUUUGAGCAUAUUUUCGACCAGUUGUCGCACUUUUCCGACGAGUUUUUGAGAUCCGAGGUGCAGGGUCGCCUCAAGCUCAAGGCAAAGUUGUAGGACAGGGUGGAAUAAUUUGCUUAAACAAUUUGUAGUCCGUUGAAAUUAUUCAAUAUCCCAAUAAUGAAACUACAAGGUAUUUAUAGAGGUGUAAUUGGAUUAACUGUGUGGCAGUCACAUGUUACAAUAUUUUGAAAAUGAUUGGGUGGAGCAUAUAGAACUAGAUGUGAGUUGGAAAAUCUAUCAAGCAUGCUCUGGUGGAAAAUGGUGGGAUAAUUCACAGACAAAAGCACCUAGAGCUUAACCUGGAGCUUAACCUGGAACUUAACCUGGAGCUCAAC